CUUGAAUUGAAAGAGGAACUUCCGGAUUAUGAAGUUGAAUCGUUUUGUAUAGAUGCUGGGGCUGAAGACACACGAGGAACAACCUUUCUAAUCAGCUGUGAGCUCUACUGGUAUCCUAAGGAUGUGCUGCAUUAUUUCAGUUUUGCUUGGCUCCAACAUCUCCAUAAAACAUUCAGGUUUAAGUGGCUGACCCAGUGCCUUGAAGUGGCCCCUGCUGAUGAAUCUGCUAGCAAUGUGGACACUUAGAGACCUAUUCCUACAGGAGAUACUCCGCUUCUCCUUAUGCUGCCGGGGAUUCACAUUUGCUUUGCAGGUCUUCUUCAACAUCCUCAUUCCAGAUCACAAGGCUGAUGCCUUCUCCCCACCGCGUCCUCCUCCUUCAACCACAGGAGAUUAUCUGAUUGAGCUGUUUCUAGGAGGCUUGGGUCGUUGGGAUGCAGAGCAUUUCUUGUUCAUAGCUGAGCAUGGCUACCUGUAUGAGCAUAACAUGGCAUUUUUUCCCCUCCUUCCUCUUCUUCUAGUUGGACUAUCUAAAGGUCCUCUUUGGCCAAUGAAGUGGGUGCUGAGUACACGCAGCCAGUUGCUGUUAUCUGCUGCUGUGCUGAACUGUGCCUGCUCAGCUCUGGCUGGGGCUGUGAUUUAUCUCUUGGGUUGCCUGGUUCUACAGAACCGCCGCACUGCAUUUCUGGCUGCUCUGCUUUUUUGCAUCAGCCCUGCUUCGAUAUUUAUGGCAGCCACUUACUCAGAGAGCUUGUUUGCACUGUCCACAUUUGCUGGCUUAUGGCUGCUGGAGAAACGGAAGACUCUGGGCUGCUGUCUCCUUCUAUGCCUUGCUACUUCAGCCCGUUCCAAUGGCCUAAUCAAUGUUGGCUUCUUGCUUCAUACAGGUGCACGGGCUAUCAUACAAGGAAUUGGUGGUUUGAAGCGUGCCAUUAAAAUGCUGAUGGCAACCUUAGUGGUAACACUGCCCUUUCUUUUCUUCCAGUACUAUGGUUACCGCAGUUUCUGUCUGCCCUCACCUAAAGAGGAAAUCCCCCAAGAACUGCUACAACUGGCCAUAGACAAGGGGUAUCAUGCGCGUGGAACUCCGCCUGUGUGGUGCUUUUCCAGCAUUCCUGUGGCUUAUUCCUACUUGCAGAGUGAAUAUUGGGGUGUGGGAUUUCUAAAAUACUUCCAAUUACGUCAAAUUCCCAACUUCUUGCUUGCAAUGCCAGUGAUGGUGCUAGGCAUUUGUACAGUAUGGGAGUAUGCCCGUGCCAACCUACAUCUAUUUAAGACUCUAGGGCUGUGGGAUAUUGAAAAAAAGCCAUUGAGUGAAUACCAUGGAUCAAGACUCUUUGUUUAUAUAGUACAUUUUACAUUCCUGAUGGUAUUUGGGAUCCUGUGCAUGCAUGUUCAGGUAAUUACUCGUAUGCUGUUCUCCUCUUCACCAAUGCUUUUCUGGUUCUGUGCUUAUAAAAUUCAGAAAAAUGAGCCUUGGAUAUGGGGGCUGGAGAGGGGACGUUUCCCUUCUAACCCAGUAUUACGCCUAUUCCGAGCUUGGCCUUCCCUUCGUCUUCAAACUAAAGUACUCCUUGGAUAUUUCCUAGGAUACUGGUUUAUUGGUACAGCUUUGCAUGUCAACUUCUUACCCUGGACAUAGCAAAAAAUAUCAUAGAAGGGGGGUGGGUUUUGACUACUGCUUUGUAUAUAAAUGAAUACAAAUGAAACUAAUAAUUUAUGGUAUUUUUAAAAAAAUAAAAAAAAUGGCUGAUUAUAAAAAAAACAGGUUUUCCAUCUUGAA